AUGCCAGCAACUAUUCAGGACCAGCUCAACGCUGCGGCUGCUUCAGGUGACGUUGAACAGCUCCAGGCGCUUUGUCAAUCCCACCGGCAGGAAAUUUCCACGCGUGAUGCGCAAGAGCUGCUCGCCACAGCCACCGAAGCCUUCCAGGCCUCAACCAUCGACUAUCUCCUCACGGAAUUCCCAGAGAUGGAGAUCAAAAUUGACGCAGUAGCCGAAGUCGCUGCCGGCGAAGGUUCCAUCCCCAUCUUCUCCAAACUCGUUGCCAGAGACCCUACCAUUGCGAGCAGGCGCCUGGACAGGACCGGCACACCACUAAGCGUGGCCUGCACCGGGCGCCAGCCGGUCGCAUUCCUACGAUACCUUCUCGAGCUCGGCGCGGAUCCGAAUCAGAACCCCGACCUGACUGGCUACCCCAUCGCGCUCGUAGCCGGUCUGUACCCUGACGACGAAGCUGCUGCGGCGAUCGACCUGCUGCUGGAGCAUGGUGCCCGCCUGGAGCACUCGGGGGCUCUCGGACACACGGCAGUGCUCGGUAGGGAGGCUUCACUACGGUUCCUGCUCGAAAAGGGAGCCAAGCCUGACACCGACGCCAUCAAGAUUGGGUCAAAGAUCGGAGGUUCUCAUCCGCUACACGACGUGCUGUGGGGAGGCCAUAUCGGCGCGGCAAAGCUCCUGCUUGAUCACAGCUCGAGUAUUAACGUUCACGAUCAAAAUGGGAAGAGCAUCAUGGAGAAGGCGGCACAUCUUGAGGCAAAGGGAAAAGACAGAAGCGAGAUCAUAACCUUGUUGUCUGAGGUGGAAAAAGAGAGGUCGAAUCAAUGA